AUGGAAGAAUUCCGCGAAAAUAAUAAUGUGAAAGAAGUUGAAAAAUCUCGCGAUGCUCACUGGAGAUACUGCAGCGAAGGUUACAAGUAUGAGACCGUUAAUAGACCUUCCGGAGAUGUAAAUGGCCGUCGUAGUAUUCAUAGAUAUUCAAAAUCGACAGGUUCCACCUGGAAUUAUAAUAAAACUAACAAUCAAAAGAACCAUACCACGCGGGCAUCAUCAUGGAGUUUUACCAGCGAUCCUGAAUUGAAGAGACAAAGAAGGGUUGUCAAGUAUAAAGCUUAUGCCGUUGAAGGCAAUAUGAAGACUUCUCUAAGGAACAGCUUCCGUUGGAUCAAGAACAAGUAUUGUGCGCUCGUGCAUGGAUACUAG